AUGAUUAAUAGAUAUACCUUAUCAUUUAAGGAUUAAAAACUUGAAGAAAAGUAUUAGGAAAUUUAACUUGAAGAAAAAAGAAAGCCUUUAGUUAAAAAAAUAAUUUAUUUAACUUUCCUUGUUGUGUUAGUUAAGGGGACAUUCUCCAUAAUUACUGAAAGCCUUGAUGAGAUUUAUGGAACAAUAGGAUAUUUUAUUAGUGAUUUAUGUCUAAUUGCAAUUCUAUCAAUGAAACCUCAAUACUGUCGAUUUGCAUUAAUAUUUGUAAAUUAUUUAAUGAUGAUUCCUUAUUUGAGAAUUGAUGACAGCAAGAAUUAAUUUCAUUAUUAAUUAGCAUCUGCUUUGAUAAUUGCAUUUUAAUUUGUAAUUAUUGCCUCGGGAGAAUUUAUAGAUGCUUUAAUUUAAGUUAUUUCUUUUUUUUCAAUUUAUUUAGGUUAUUUUAUAAGUUAUUAGACUAACUAUUCUUAAGCAUUUGUUUUGUCAACAUUUUUGAUUUGCUUUUUGCUUUUAUUUUCCUUUUAUUAAAAUGUUGCUGCAGAAAGAUCAAAAUUUUAACUUACUCUCAUUAAUUAAUAAUGGGAUAAGAUUUUAUUAAGUAUGGUUACAGAGCCAUGUUUAAUAUUUAAUUUUGAUUAAUUAAGACAUACCUUUAUUUUAAACGGAUCUUUUUCGUUUAUUGUUUAAUGUGAAACGAAUAACGAAUUAAAGAACUUCUUAAGAAAAUCGAAAUUAACUUUACAUGAAAAAAUUAAUUUAGAAAACUUUCUAUAUAAAUAAAUUGAUAAAUUUUAAAAAUAAGAUGGCAAUAUUAUUAAUCAAUCUCUUUUAAUUGAAUUGAAUUAAAAAGCUUAAGAAAUUACAUAUUCAAUAUUUUCAGGAACAAAUCCUAUCAUUAUGAUUAAAAUAGAUAAAUAUUAAUGCGGCAAAAUUAUAGGGGAAUAAUAAAAUUUAGUCAUAGAAAAACAAUUCUAAUUUAAAUACAGAGUCUUGCUUAAAAGUAUUUAUUAAUAAUUUAAAAUGAUACUUAUACAUAAAACUUCAAAUUUAAAAGGAUUGUUUAAACUUAUUAUUUAUCAUUACUUAUCAGAUAAAUUAGAACAAAAAUAACUGAAACAAAUUAAUCUAAGUAAAGUAUUUUCUAAUUUAAAAUUGCUCUAUUCAUAAAAAUCAAUUAUUUUGGCAAAAGAUCUUUAAGAUUUUACUUUCUUGGGGUACAAAGAAGCCAUUUUUCUCAUUUUAAUAGAAAUUUUCGAAUGUAAUAUAUCUAAUUAAGUCUAUAUUCAAAUAAAUACUGAUACUUAGGAUUAAAACCAUUUUGAAAUGUUAAUUUUCGGAAUUUACAAUGAAAAAGCCAAAAAACUAUUAAGAUAAAGAUUAGAAAAAUUAGAAGAUUAUUUUAAUAAUCUAUAUCUAAAUUAACAAUGUAAUAUCAUAGUAAUAUUUAGAUAUUUCUUUAGUUAUAACUCAUAGUUGCUUUAUCGAAAAAAGGAGAACAUGAGAAUAAAUNUUAAUUAGCAUCUGCUUUGAUAAUUGCAUUUUAAUUUGUAAUUAUUGCCUCGGGAGAAUUUAUAGAUGCUUUAAUUUAAGUUAUUUCUUUUUUUUCAAUUUAUUUAGGUUAUUUUAUAAGUUAUUAGACUAACUAUUCUUAAGCAUUUGUUUUGUCAACAUUUUUGAUUUGCUUUUUGCUUUUAUUUUCCUUUUAUUAAAAUGUUGCUGCAGAAAGAUCAAAAUUUUAACUUACUCUCAUUAAUUAAUAAUGGGAUAAGAUUUUAUUAAGUAUGGUUACAGAGCCAUGUUUAAUAUUUAAUUUUGAUUAAUUAAGACAUACCUUUAUUUUAAACGGAUCUUUUUCGUUUAUUGUUUAAUGUGAAACGAAUAACGAAUUAAAGAACUUCUUAAGAAAAUCGAAAUUAACUUUACAUGAAAAAAUUAAUUUAGAAAACUUUCUAUAUAAAUAAAUUGAUAAAUUUUAAAAAUAAGAUGGCAAUAUUAUUAAUCAAUCUCUUUUAAUUGAAUUGAAUUAAAAAGCUUAAGAAAUUACAUAUUCAAUAUUUUCAGGAACAAAUCCUAUCAUUAUGAUUAAAAUAGAUAAAUAUUAAUGCGGCAAAAUUAUAGGGGAAUAAUAAAAUUUAGUCAUAGAAAAACAAUUCUAAUUUAAAUACAGAGUCUUGCUUAAAAGUAUUUAUUAAUAAUUUAAAAUGAUACUUAUACAUAAAACUUCAAAUUUAAAAGGAUUGUUUAAACUUAUUAUUUAUCAUUACUUAUCAGAUAAAUUAGAACAAAAAUAACUGAAACAAAUUAAUCUAAGUAAAGUAUUUUCUAAUUUAAAAUUGCUCUAUUCAUAAAAAUCAAUUAUUUUGGCAAAAGAUCUUUAAGAUUUUACUUUCUUGGGGUACAAAGAAGCCAUUUUUCUCAUUUUAAUAGAAAUUUUCGAAUGUAAUAUAUCUAAUUAAGUCUAUAUUCAAAUAAAUACUGAUACUUAGGAUUAAAACCAUUUUGAAAUGUUAAUUUUCGGAAUUUACAAUGAAAAAGCCAAAAAACUAUUAAGAUAAAGAUUAGAAAAAUUAGAAGAUUAUUUUAAUAAUCUAUAUCUAAAUUAACAAUGUAAUAUCAUAGUAAUAUUUAGAUAUUUCUUUAGUUAUAACUCAUAGUUGCUUUAUCGAAAAAAGGAGAACAUGA